AUGGUGUGUUUAAUGAAGGAUGGCCUGCUAGGUCUGCAGCUGAUUAAUGGUAAGAACGAGUCGGCCCACAUCAUGGACGCCGUGGGCGUGGUGGCACAGUCGCUGCAGGAGCUCCUGGAGAAGGAGAACAUCACGGAGCCACCACGAGGCUGCGUUGGAAACACCAACAUCUGGAGGACGGGGCCCCUCUUCAAAAGGGUGCUGAUGGCAUCAAAGUAUCCUGAAGGCCUGACUGGACGGAUCGAGUACGACGAUGGCGACCGUCGCUUCGCUACCUACAGCAUCCUCAACUACCUGCAGAAACCUGGACGCCUCGUCCCUGUCGGAGUCUUCAACGGAUCACAAGUGGUGAUGAACCCCCAGAAGAAGAUCAUCUGGCCUGGUGGGGAGACAGAGAGGCCAGUAGGUUAUCAGAUGUCAACCAAGCUGAAGAUUGUGACCAUCCACCAGGAGCCCUUUGUGUACGUCAAGCCAACAAAGAGUGACGGCACAUGCAAGGAGGAGUACUCCGUUAAUGGUGUGCUCAUCAAGAAGGUCAUCUGUACCGGACCCAACGGGACUAUCCCAGGGCAGCCGAUAGUUCCUCAGUGUUGCUAUGGUUUCUGCAUCGACCUUCUCAUCAAGCUGGCCAUGAACAUGAACUUCACCUACGAGGUUCACCUGGUGGCUGACGGCAAGUUUGGCACCCAAGAGCGAGUGAACAACAGUAACAAGAAGGAGUGGAACGGCAUGAUGGGGGAGCUGCUGGGGGGUCUGGCCGACAUGAUCGUGGCCCCCCUCACCAUCAACAACGAGCGCGCUCAGUACAUCGAGUUCUCCAAACCCUUCAAGUACCAGGGCCUCACCAUCCUCGUUAAGAAGGAAAUCCCCCGCAGCACUUUGGACUCGUUCAUGCAGCCAUUCCAGAGCACCUUGUGGCUCUUAGUCGGCCUGUCGGUCCACGUGGUGGCAGUGAUGCUCUACCUAUUAGACCGCUUCAGCCCAUUUGGAAGGUUUAAAGUCAACAGUGAAGAGGAGGAAGAAGAUGCCCUCACCCUAUCCUCUGCCAUGUGGUUUUCGUGGGGAGUACUCCUCAACUCCGGUAUAGGAGAAGGAGCCCCGCGGAGUUUUUCAGCGAGGAUUCUGGGAAUGGUGUGGGCAGGUUUCGCCAUGAUCAUCGUGGCCUCGUACACCGCCAACCUGGCGGCCUUCCUAGUGCUGGACCGGCCUGAGGAGCGCAUCACUGGCAUCAACGACCCCAGGCUGCGUAACCCGUCGGACAAGUUCAUCUACGCGACGGUCAAGCAGAGCUCGGUGGACAUCUACUUCCGGCGCCAGGUGGAGCUGAGCACCAUGUAUCGCCACAUGGAGAAGCACAACUACGAGAGCGCCGCUGAGGCCAUCCAGGCCGUGCGGGACAACAAGCUGCACGCCUUCAUCUGGGACAGUGCCGUGCUGGAGUUCGAGGCGUCCCAGAAGUGCGACCUGGUGACCACGGGAGAACUCUUCUUCCGCUCGGGCUUCGGGAUCGGAAUGAGGAAGGACAGUCCGUGGAAGCAGAACGUGUCCUUGGCUAUUCUCAGCUCUCACGAGAACGGCUUCAUGGAGGACCUGGACAAGACGUGGGUUCGAUACCAGGAGUGUGACUCCCGCAGUAACGCUCCCGCGACUCUCACCUUUGAGAACAUGGCAGGUGUGUUCAUGCUGGUGGCGGGCGGCAUCGUGGCGGGCAUCUUCCUCAUCUUCAUCGAGAUCGCCUACAAGCGGCACAAGGACGCCCGCAGGAAGCAGAUGCAGUUGGCCUUCGCUGCCGUCAACGUGUGGAGGAAGAACCUGCAGCCCUACCCCACCGACAUCACCGGACAGAUCAACCUGGCGGACCCCUCCGUCAGCACCGUGGUCUGAACGCCGCCGCCUCAGUCACACACAUGUGCUUUUAUUUUGGUAGCUGUGCUUUCCGUCAUUUAUCGGGAGGGCGGGGCCUGUGGACCAGGAAGUAAACCACAUGUUGUCUAUUUUUGUAUCCAGUCACAUCAGCAAUAAAAAGUCCUCUCAUAUUUCCGGAAAUGUGACCUCGCUUCCAGAAACUAGAUCCAAGGUAUAAACUUGCUGCUCCAUAGGCUCCGCCCCCCCCCCAGUCCCAUAGCAUGAUGGGACACCACCGAUGAUGUCAUCAGACGUGUAUGAUGUCAUGCUGUCUACCGCCACCUGCCAACCGACGCAAAGCGGUGUCCAUGCUACGUUAGCUUAGCGUGUCAACUUUGUGGUGAAGAUGUAGCAUCAAAGGGGCUAGCAGCUAGUGUUAGCGCCUGCAGCUAGCUUGGUGCGCCAUUACACUGACUUGGGACCAGCCGAGUGGCGCUCUGUGCGCCGAUGUGGCUAACGCUAAUUUAUGCUGAGUCCGCAAACGCACAUUUUUAGAUGUAGUUUGUUUUUUGUGCUAAGAGUCUCCGAUUGUAACUGUGCUCUGACACGCCUCCUCACGGAACCCCAGCGUGUCCACCCGUCAAAUGACACGCAGCCAGGGCCUCACCUACAACCCCAGCGUGUCCACCCGUCAAAUGACACGCAGCCAGGGCCUCACGUAGAACCCCAGCGUGUCCACCCGUCAAAUGACACGCAGCCAGGGCCUCACCUAGAACCCCAGCGUGUCCACCCGUCAAAUGACACGCAGCCAGGGCCUCACGUAGAACCCCAGCGUGUCCACCCGUCAAAUGACACGCAGCCAGGGCCUC